AUGCAAGAUCAGCAACUAUUUUCAAAUCAAAUACAUCUUCAAAGAAAACAAAUAAUUCCAAAACAAGAAACUGAAUCAGAUAAAAGUAACACCAAAAUUCGUAUUGACAACGAAUUCGAUAGCCGCAUCAAUCUUUCGACUCUAUCUACAUCACAUUCAUCUUUUAAUAAUAUUGAAGAACAAACAACAUCGAUAAGUUCUGAAGCUCUUAAACACACAAAUUCGAUAUCAUAUCCACCUCUUACCAUAACUGGUGUUCCAGCUUUUACAUCACAUUCAUCACCAGCUAUUGUUCAUUUUUUACGUUCACUUGCCAAUGCUCAUCCAACAUUACCUCGAAUUAGUGAUACAUUAUGGCGUUUAAAUAAUAAAAAUCAAUUGUUGCUCUGUGCUCCAACCAGAGAUGUAUUUUCACUAUUAUUCACGAAUACUUAUCCAUCUACCAUCGGUACAUCUACCAUACAAGUCACACCACCAUGUGGCUUACCAGCCCAACUUUCACUUCUUCUUUUAAAUGUUUCAUGUUAUCUUGAUGCUAAGUAUCUUUUAGAAGAAAUACAAAAACAGUUUCGUUCAGUUAAAUAUCUACACCGGAUUCGUACUUCUUCAAACACAAAUAAUUCUACACUUAUUCGUAUCGAUUUUGAAAUUGCUCAAGAAUGUAAUCAAUGCUUACAAGCACAAUAUCUGCCAGUUUUAAAUGUGCGUCUUGCUGUUAAACAAUAUUUAGAUCCUCCUCGCAUUUCUCAAUGCAAAAGAUGUUGUUCAUUUGGACAUUUCGCCAAUCAUUGCUCAACUACACAUAAGAUAUGCAACAGAUGUGCAACAUCUAUUUUAAUUGAUACAAAUCAUCAGUGCAGUUCUAUUCGGUGGAUUAAUUGCUCAAAAUUGCCUAAUCAUUCUUUUGAUAUAAAUCAUGAUGCUUUUGAUCACCAUUGUCCAUCUACGUUAAAUUUAAAAAAAAAUGCUCAUCACAAACCUUAUCGAACAAGUACAACAGUUAUUGUUCCUCAAUCAUCAAGAUCCAUAUCAAAUUUUAUUGAUUUUAUGCAAACUAUUGUUAAAUCUUUUGAAGACCAAUUAUCGAACCUUGCUAAAAAAAUGACUAACUUAACUGUUUUAUCUAUUAUACAAGAACAUAAAAUUGAUUACGUAAGUUCUCUUAUCGAAAAAAUAAUGUUACCAUCGUUCAUGUUAAUUACUGAAACUCUACUAGCUCUUGUUCAUCUCAUUCUAGACUCAUCAAUGCAUGUUAAUCAAAAGGAAACAAUAAGUAAUCAAUUACAAAAAACAUCAAUGUUUUUGAACACUACCUAUGAACAACAUCAAAGUUUUAAAAAGUCUAUGAAACAAACUCGAAAAUUAAUGAUUGAUAAUAAUAUAAUGAACUUAUGUGCAAAUCAUUCAUUAUCUGAUACUUCUACUGCGACCAACACUAUUUCCAUAUUUUCUUCAAUAUCAUGA